AUGGACCCCCUCCACCAAGAAUACGCCCGAACCCUAACCAUCCACCACUACCGACCCAAGCAGAAUCCAUGGCGCCCCCUCGGACAAUACUUCUACCGCAUCAUCGAAGAUGGCACGCACACGCAGUACCGCCUCUCCGUAAUCGAAAGCCUCAUCCCGGCUCACGCCGAAGGCCCGGUCUAUCAUUUCCACGAGAUGCAUGAUGAGGGGUUUUACGUUACUAAGGGAAAGCUACGCUUCCACACCCCCAUCCAACCACCCAUCGACGCCUCGGCCGGCGACUUCGUGGUGAUUCCGAUCCGCAUGCCGCAUAAAUUCAGCAACCCGUUUGAUGAGGAGGCGGUGUUUGUGAAUACGAUCUCGCCGGGGUUCUUUGUGCGGUACUUUGAGCACUUGGAGCGGGCGAUUGCCGGGGGAGAGGUCCUGACCAGGGAGGUGAAUUGUGAGGCUUUGAGACGGUUUGCCACGGUUCCGUUGACUGGGCAGGAUAUUGAGGAGAUGGAGAAGAUGGGGAUGUUUCUCUGGGUUGAAGAGGAGUUUUAUUAUUUGGGCAUGGAAGUAUAG